AAAAUGAGAGAGAUGUAGAUAUAAUAAGAAGAAGAGAAGAGAAAUCUUAUUAUCUCUCUAAGUUUUCUAUCUAGUUUCCCUUUAACUUCUCUCUAAAGUCCAUACAACUCAUUCUCUAGAUCUCUUCUCUUUUGAUCUUUCUCAUAAUAAUCAUGUUAUUACCUCCAAGCUUAUGAUAUAGUUCACAAUAGGUUAGUUAAAACUUCAACAAUGAUGAUUUGUUAAAAUUAUUAUGGUUUCAGAGAAAGAGCGUUCGGCCUGAUUAGUCAAUAAAGGAUAGGGUAGAUCCGUAGAUAGAGAGAAAAGUCUAUUAAGAACACAACGAAUCAAAUUGUAGCCCAUUAGUUACAUAAAUGGGCUUGAUCUCCUUUGAAUAGAUCGACUUGAUGAUUUCUGAAAUUUCUGUAAAAAAAUCAAACAUGUUGUCGUCGUCGUCAUCAUCUUCCACUCGAUGCAGAUCGUUCUUCGUCUUCCCAAUUCUCUUCGCCGUCGUCCUACUUCCGGCUCUCUCCUCCGCCGAUAAGCGCCACGUUAUCAGCUUCCGAUCGCCGGGACUCUACCCGGAGGGAUUAACCUGGGAUCCAAGGGAGCAGCACUUUCUGGUUGGUUCGCUCCACAGCCGCACUAUUCAUUCCGUCUCCGACGCUGGAGUCAUCGAAACUCUUAUUUCCGAUCCCGAUCUACCGGAGAACGCUACUAUCCUUGGUCUCGCCGUUGACUCUACUAAUCGCCGUCUGCUUGCCUGCAUCCACAGUUUGCAGCCUCACCUUCCCUUCAGUGCCCUAGCCGCCUACGAUCUCCGCAGCGGAGGCCGUCGCAUCUUCCUCUCUCCUCUCCCUUCGCUUUCCGGAGACGACGAAGACAUCGCCAGAGAUGUCGCCAAUGACGUGGCGGUUGAUUACAAAGGCAACGCUUACGUCACCAACUCAGCCAAAAACUUCAUCUGGAAAGUGGAUCGCGACGGCGCAGCCUCGAUCUUCUCGAGAUCUCCGGUGUUCAAUUCGCAGCCUGUGGCGGCAGACGCUGACGAAACUUUCCGCGAUUGCGGCUUGAACGGGAUCGUGUACAUAAGCAACGGGUACCUCCUGGUCGUGCAGAGCAACACGGGGAAGGUGUUCAAAGUGGACGAAGAGAGCGGGACGGCGAGGCUGGUGUUGCUGAACAGAGAUCUGAUUGCGGCGGAUGGGGUGGCUAGGAGAAAGAGGGACGGCACGAUCAUGGUGGUGUCGCAGAAGAAGCUUUGGUUACUAAAGAGCCAAGACAGCUGGAGCGAAGGAGUGGUUUAUGACGAAAUUGACCUCGACGUGGAAGGGUUUCCGACGGCGGUGACUGUGGCGGGGAGGGAUAGGAUAUAUGUCUUGUAUGGGAAAGUGAUGGAAGGGAUAAUGAAAAGUUACAAAGGAGAAGGAGUGAGGGAAUGGUUUGGGAUAGAAGAGGUUUGGUCGGACAAGGAAGGUGGGGAAGAUAAGGUUUGGUUGUAUGUGUUGAUCGGCUUUGGUUUUGCUUACUUUUGUUUCUGGAGGUUUCAGAUGAAGAAUCUCAUCACAAACAUGGACAAAAAGAUCACCUAGUCUUGUUUCUUCUAUUUUUUAUCUUCUGUCAUCAUCUUAACACGUUUUGUAAUAAUAGGAAACCUAUAGCACAGAACAGCAUGUAGUGUCAUUUACUCAAUUGGGAUGUUGGAAUGAAAAGCUUUUGAUUCUCACA